ACAAUCGUAAUAAAAUACGCCCCCUGAUCUGCGUUACUCACUGGUUAGUAAAUGACAAAAUCUCUUCCCUCUUUAUUCAAUUCCAAACCCUAAUUUCUCAUUGAUUAAAGAAAACCCUAACUAUUAUUUCGAAUCCUAAACCUCAAUCCCUCCAUGGACGAAGAAGAAGAACACCAUAAACUGAACGGAGACGACAACCACAAUCACGUCUCAAAGAAACAAAAACUCCUCCAAAAAUUCAUCACGGAUUCUGAAAUCUUAAAUGAAUUCUCACAUCACCAAUCCGGAAUCGCGAGAAUCAACAACGGAAGUUUCGGUUGUUGUCCGGCAAGUAUCAUUGCGGCACAAAAACAAUGGCAGCUGAAAUACCUACAACAACCUGAUGAUUUCUAUUUCAAUCAUCUCCGUAAAGGAAUACUCGAAUCGAGAACAGUUAUUAAGAAUCUAAUCAACGCCGAUGAUGUUGAUGAGGUUUCAAUCGUUGAUAACGCUACCACGGCUGCGGCAAUCGUACUCCAACAUAUUGCCCGUGAAUUCGUUGAAGGCAGGUACCAAAAAGGGGAUGCAGCUGUGAUGCUGCAUUACGCGUACGGGGCCGUGAAGAAAUCGAUACAAGCCUAUGUUACGCGGGCUGGUGGGUAUGUUAUUGAAGCACACUUACCAUUUCCUGUUAGUUCAAAUGAUGAGAUUAUAUGCAAGUUUAGAAAGGCUUUAGAGAAAGGAAGGGAGAAUGGUAGGAGAGUUAGAUUAGCUGUUAUUGAUCAUAUAACCUCGAUGCCUAGUGUUGUGGUGCCAGUUAAAGAAUUGGUCAAGAUAUGUAGAGAAGAAGGUGUUGAUCAAGUAUUUGUUGAUGCAGCUCAUGCUAUUGGUAAUGUGGAUAUUAAUAUGAAGGACAUUGGUGCUGAUUUUUAUACAAGUAAUUUGCACAAGUGGUUUUUCUGUCCACCAUCUAUCGCAUUUUUGUAUUGUAGGAAAAGAACGGGUUUUCGUGAAGAUGUGCAUCAUCCUGUUGUUUCGCAUGAGUAUGGAAAUGGGUUAGCUAUUGAGAGUUCUUGGAUUGGGACUAGAGAUUACAGUUCACAACUUGUUGUUCCGGAUGUUAUCGAGUUUGUUAAUAGGUUUGAAGGUGGAAUUGAUGGGAUUAGGAAGAGGAAUCACAAAGUUGUUAUUGAAAUGGGGGAAAUGUUAGCGAAAGCUUGGGGUAUGAAACUUGGGUGUCCUCCUGAUAUGUGUUCGAGUAUGGUUAUGAUUGGUUUGCCUUCUUGUCUGGGGAUUUCAAGUGAGGCUGAUACCUUGAACUUAAGGACACAUUUGCGGGAUAAAUUCAAAAUUGAGGUUCCAAUACAUUUUCAGGCACUAAAAGAUGGAGAAAACAUGGAUAAUGAUUGUGGUGUAACAGGGUACGUUAGGAUUUCACAUCAAAUUUACAAUAAGGUCGAUGAUUAUUACCGGUUGAGGGAUGGGAUUAAUCUGCUUAUCCGGGAUGGGUUCACAUGCAAGAUGCUACAUUCCAACUGAAAGGUUAAAGUAAACAUGGUGUCCUUGGGAAUCUGGGUUAUUGUCCUUUCGCUAGACUUGUUUCUUGGCUCGUGAGAGUGGUAUCUAGGUUGGAACUCCCCCAAGAAGGCAAUUCUGGAGCAGUCAAGUUGAACUAGUAAAACAAUUUUUUAGCUUUAAUGUCUCACUACAUACAUCUGAAGGGUCAGUAUUGGCCUCUUGAAUCUGCAACUUUUUUCUCUCUUUUUUUUUUGUUGCAAUUGAUUUUGAACAAUAAGCAUGUGAAUGCUCUUUAGCAAUUCAAAAUAACUUGUAGUAGAAUGACCAGUUCAAAGUUCUAACCUUUCUUUUAACUGUA